GGGGAGGUUGGAGAGGAGUGUAGGUUUGAAUUCAAGUUCGGGUGCUGGUGCGAGUAGUGGGCCGGCGGGAGGAGGGGGAGGGGGGGACGAGAUGGAGGAGAGAGUGCAGAGGGAGGUGGAGAGGAGAUUGGAGGGUCUGAUGGGUGAGGUGUCUGGGAUGAGAAGACGGAUUGAGGAGUUGGAGGCUACACAGGGACACGUUCCUCGAGGACAUCAAUCGCAUAUCAUCCCUAUCCCUUCAGCACCGACAAAUUCGUAUCCUUAUCCUCCCGCGUACGUCCCUUCGUCGUCGUCGGCAGCAGCUUCAGCGAGGAGAAGAAGCAGCCUCGCGGGCGAGAUCCCGUUGCCUUCUGGGUCUGGGGGGAAUAAUGCGGGCGCGGUGACGAUCGCUUCGAGCUCGAGGAGGAAUAACGCUAAUUCCAACGCCUCUACUACUAACAACAAUAACGCCAACAGCAGUGGCGGGGCGUUGACGUUGACCCCGCCUAUGCCGCAUCCCCCUCCACCAGCAGCAGCAGCAUCCUCAGGACCGUCAGAAUCAUACACAUUCCCGCCUGUCCCGCACGCAGGGGCCCCUCCUUCGUCGUCGUCGUCUGUAGGUGUGGGUGCGAUCCCGAGUCCGAGGACGCUUUCGUUCAGUCAUGCACAUCCGAGUAUACCGAUUUCGGCGUCGAGGACUGGGGCGGGUGCGCCGGGAUCACCGAGGACGAUGGGACAUUCGCAUUCGCAUUCGCAUUCGCAUUCGUCGCACCAACAUCAGCUUUCAUCGCUCCAGCAGCAACAUCAGCACCAGCACCAGCACCAGGGACAUCCGUACGCGCAUCCUACGAAUCCCCAUUCACACCAUCGGUCGCCUUCACUAUCCCAGCGUCGGCCUCCGUCGCAUGAACGCGAACGCGAACGGGAUGACGGGUCGCCUGGACCUGCACCUGGAGUAGGACAAGGACAAGGCUAUGAGGCGGGAAGGAGACUUUCGGUUUCUGCGAUUAGGAUGGAUCCGCCUCCGCCUAGGACACCGACGACGGCGACGGCGACGGGGGGUUCGGGGAAGGGGUCGAAGGCGAGUAGGGCAGGAGGGGGAGGGGGAGGUGCGGGGAGUGAGAGGGAGAGAGAGAGAAGUGAGAGGGAGCUCAGGGAGAGGGAGAGGGAAAGAGGCGAGAGGCCGCCGUUGGUGAGGGGACAUUCGGGGUCGAGUGUUAGUGUUAGCAGUGUGGGUGGAAGGGAGAGACAGAGAGAUAGGAAGGAUUCGGGGGGGAGUUCGAGUGUGGCGAGUGGUGGGGGUGGGGGUGGGGGUAAAGAGAAGGACUCGAGGCCACAGUCGCCUAUGGCUGUUGAUGAGAAGUGAGGGACUGCGAAAUGGGGAAGUGAGGAAGUGAGGAAGUGUUGCGGAUUUUCUUGGAUGUUCUUUUUUUUGCUCUCUUUUCUCGAGAUUUUGCUCUUUUCUUUCAGUGUUCUGUCGUCUGUCUGUGGUGAACUUGUAUUUGUUCGUCAGAAUUGAUCAUGAAUCGGUAUUCUCGGUUCGUCAGUCCAUAUCCAUAGGCGGUGUGAAAUGAGCGGUGGUGAUGGGCGAGCUUUUUUCCCCUUUUCCUUUUCCUUUCUGCUUUGGAGGUGUACAAACAACUGUCGGUGUCUGUUGCGUUUCUUUCCUUGCUGUCCUUCUGUGCUUUCAUCUGCCUCCGAAUCGGUCUCGAUCUCACUCACGAUUUUUCAUGUCAAUGUCAAUGUCGUUCGUACAUGCGGGUUUUCACUGUCCAUUUUCCACUUUCUACUGACUCGAUUCAUUCACAAAACUUCUGUUUGUUCAUUUGAUGUUAGUACUUAUCUAUCUCAUCUACUUACCACUCCAAACUCGAUCUCGCUGGUUUCAUAGUUACGUAGUAGUCACAUUUUGCUUCCCACUACUUUUUGACAGUCCAAUGUAAUCUUUAAAUUGUUU